AAAGGGAAAAGAUUCUUUCUCCCAAAGUUGCAAACUUUUAUUCACUAUAAUCAACAACAACCCAUCUCUUCUUCAUUCUCAAAUUCAAUACAUUUGAUUAUGGCUGAUAAGCCUAGCAGAGCACUGGUAUUAUACGGUGACGGGUUAGCCCGAUCCAUUGACCCGUCUCAUACCCAUCUCCAUUCUUUUGCUUCUCGAGCUUGCUGUGGCUUCUUGUCUCUUCCUAACUCUCCUCCUUCAGAAACCGAGGAUGCAAGAAUAGUCAGAGAAUUUGCCGAGCUAGUGGAUGCAAGUGAAGCUUAUCUUGCCCUGAAUGGGGAAGAAUUUUCUGAAGCUCAAUCUCAGGAGAAGCAUGUAGCAGCAACCAUAUCAGAGAGGUUUAUGGGGAUGAAAGCUGCUGUCAUCACUGAAAAUUUAAGACUUAAGAGUUUCUGCCAUAAGCUUGGCUUCACCGUCUUAGAGCUCAAUGAGUUAAUUAGCAGCAUUAAUAACCUGGUUGAUUCAUCCGCCUUAGCCUCCAAAUUGUUCAAGUUGCUGGGGUUUCAAGAAGGGAAGACCUUAGAGUCAAGCCAAUUUGAUUUGGUUUUUCUUCACGUCGGAGCUGGUCAAACGACAAAUUGCCUCAAAGACUUGGAUCUUGUCAAUCGGUUGGUUGGUAAUUUGGUGCAAAUGGCACAUCCUGGAACGGAAGUAGGUUCUAGGUUGCACAUGUCAGUUUUGUUUAGCUAUGGUGCUGUUCGUGAGUCUGAUGAUUCCACGUUCUCUAUUGCUGACAGUAGACAAGAGAAUAACUCUAAACUUUCUCUUAUUUUCCCUCGUCAAAGUUAUACAAUUAAAGAAGGAAAACCACGACUGAAUGUUAGGCAGCAUUGCCCCAUGUUAGUGGCCCAGUGGCAGAAUGCUGUCACUCGGAAGGAUAUGGCAGAAGCAUAUUCAUACAAGGAUUUCAAAGAGCAUGGUGCAAACCUUGUGAUUCCAACAGAUAGAUUUCUACAUGAAGUGGCAUUCAAACUUUGGAAGGCUCCAAAAUACGGAGCAUGAUGAGGUAUAUGCGCGGAGAAAACAUUGGUAAAAGACGAUCUCAAUGUCCUGAACUCAGAUUUGACAUUUUGGACCUUUGUUUUGAUAAAGGGGCUAGAUCAUCAACAGAGACGUUUCUGAUCGCCAGAAACUCCAUAUCCUUCCGGGAAUAACUAGAUCUAAUAAUCAGUCAACCCAAUUUUCAUGGCAUCUCUCUCGGUUGUCGUUUUUAACUUAUUGGGUGUAUAAUGUACUCUUUUGGGUGACAUAAUUAGUCUAAUUCUAUUGUUUUUGUCCUGAGAUAUUGUGGUGAAAGAAAGGCUCAUUGCUUCAUAAUGCAUACUGCAUCUUGGCUUCUUUUGCCUUAUGGAAGAAAUGCUCUUCAAUCUUGGAUUUUCCUUUUGGCUUCCGGAAGAAAUACGGUAAAUCCUAUUUUUUCCCCAUGAAAAUACACAUCUUGUUGCCAUGCAGUUCAAGAUGAAGCUUGAAUAGAUUGACUUGGAUAUACUAGCAGUGUGAGAAGGGGAAUCUUGACAUUAUUGAUAAAGUUGCUGUCAUGUGGGACCAAGAGGUCAUGGGUUCAAGUUGUGAAAACAGUCUUUUGCAGAAAUGCAGGGUAAGACUUCGUCCAGACCCUGUGCAUAGCAGGAGCUUAGUGCACCGGACUGUCCUUUUUUUUUAUAUUAGCAGUGUGAGCACCCAAGACGGUGACCUAGUGGUCAAUGAAGUGUGUGUAAACCUUAGAGAUAGGUAUUAAGGUGCAGUUUCUGUAUUCACCAAA